AUGGUACCUAUGGUUACUAUUAACGGAGUGCUGGGGAACAAGGUGCAGCUUCCUUGCAACAUUCAGUCCGAAGACAACGACGACCUCAACAUGGUGCUUUGGUACAAGGAAGGAGCUGCAGAGCCAAUUUACAGAUUCGACGUCCGUGGUCGUCGACAGUUCAGCAAUGCUGACCUCUGGUCGUCGCCGAAGGCAUUGGGACCAAGAGCUUUUUUUAUCACGGCGUCGGAUCCAGCUCACCUCAGCAUCGAUCGGUUGCAGAUUAAGGACGAAGGGAUCUAUUGGUGUCGAGUAGAUUUCAAGAAUUCGCCGACGAGAAAUAAGAAGAUGAAUCUCACUGUUAUCGUGCCUUCGUCGAGGCCGGUGAUACUGGACGGGAUGAAGCCGGUGAUACUGAACGGGAACGAAACGUACAACGAGGGGAGUGACGUGAACCUGAUUUGCGAGGUACGAGAUGGCAGGCCGCCCCCGAAGCUGACGUGGUACCUCGAGAACACAGUGAUAGACGAGUCCUAUCACUACAACCCUGAGUCUGGCCUGACGGUUAACCGCUUGUCCUAUCCUAAAGUUGGAAGGCAACACCUGAAGGCCCGGCUCAUCUGUGAAUCCAGCAACACCAACUUAGUGUCGCCGCAAAUUGGCCUGGUUAUCCUCAACGUGAAUCUAAAGCCACUGGUCGUGCAGAUUUUGACGAAGGAGCCUCGAGUUUCCGCCGACAAGAAAUACAACGUUGAGUGCAGAACGAGUGGUUCUGUGCCGAAAGUGAUAAUUACUUGGUGGAAGGCGAACAAGCAGAUUAAGGGAAAGGUGGAAAACUACACGGUGGAAAAUAAUCAGAGUCUCAGCACCUUGAGUUACGUGCCAAACAUUGACGACGACGGCAAAUAUCUGACUUGUCGAGCGGAGAACCCUUCUAUUCCCGAAAGUGCUUUGGAAGACAAGUGGAGGCUGGACGUACAGUAUGAGCCAGUGGUGACUCUGAAGAUGGGAGAGACCUUGAAUCCGGAUGAUAUCAAAGAGGGCGACGACGUAUACUUCGAGUGCUCAGUCAAGGCUAAUCCAAAAGCGUACAAGCUUGCCUGGUUCAAAGACGGCAAAGAAUUGAAGAACAAUGCUACGGUGGGUAUCGUCCUCAGUGAUUAUUCUCUGGUUCUUCAGCGCAUAACCCGAUACUCGGCGGGUGAUUACACUUGUCUUGCUGCCAACAGUGAGGGAAAAUCUGAGAGUAACCCAGUGACUCUUCAAAUAAUGUACGCGCCAGUCUGCAAGGAGGGUAGAAGCGCUGUGGUUGUUGGCGCGCUGAAGCAGGAGACCGUAUCGUUGGUUUGUUCCGUGGAGAGUCAUCCGGCACCGUUGACUUUCCACUGGACAUUCAAUAAUUCCGGAGAGCUGGUGGAGGUUCCUCAUUCUCGUUACUCUCACGUGCCAGCGGCCGGGACACCGUCGGUCGCCGAAAGCCUGAAGGAGUACCAACAAUUCCACGGGUCCAGGCUGAACUACACACCCGCAACGGAAAUGGACUACGGCACGGUGGCGUGCUGGGCGAUCAACCAGGUUGGCAAGCAACGAGCUCCGUGCCUCUUUCAGGUGAUAGCCGCGGGUCGUCCGCACGCUUUGCACAAUUGCAGCGCGACAGAAAUGUCCGCGCCCCUGGACGCUGAAGAGCUGAUCGCGAAGUCUGGAACCGGGCUGAUAGUUCGUUGCUUGGAGGGUUACAACGGCGGCCUUCCGAUUGACAGCUACCAGCUGGAAGUGGUAGGCGACGAGGACGGCGGGCCAAUUUUAUUCAACAAAACCGUCCCGGGUAGCCCGAACGAGCCAGCUUUCGAGGUGGCAGGCCUAACGACCGGAAGGAGUUAUCGACUUUUUCUGUACGCGAUUAAUGCGAAGGGGAGGAGCGAGCCUGCCAUUCUCGAGCCAGUGACCCUGAAGGGUGUCGCCAUGUACACAACCGGGAACACGGACGCCUCGAUGCUGAGCCCAUUGCUGCUGGGCCUGGCAGCAACAGCAACCCUUUUGGCCCUGGCCGUAGCUGGAAUCCUGGCGGCGCUCUACCGGAAGCACUCGAACGGCCGACCCGGAAGUCCAAAGCACGCUCCCAUCGUGUGCGAGCCACCUAAUGCAGGCGCAACUACCCCGGUGCACCCCCAGACCAAGCAGGCGGUCGAUGACAUCGAUCCGGACAUCAUACCCAACGAGUAUGAGAGAAGACCCUUAACGUACACCCCGAUAUACAAGACACCGCCGCAACGUAGAAAGAAGGAUCGAAGUACGGACGAGGCGAUCUCGCCUGAGAAAAGGCCAAUUGUGCAGCACGGUUUGGAUCUUCCCCCGGACCCGAUGUUGUCCGACUGUCUGCCAGCGCCGACCAUAAACUAUCCCCAGAAUCACGUGUCUCAAGUGAAAACUUACAGCAAUCCACCCACUAUGGCGGACUUCAAGCAAAUGGCAAUGGACGCUUAUAAUCAACGAAACAACCAAAACGUGUACUACAGUCUCCAGAGGUCGGGCAAGGGGUUGUCGUCUAUGCCGCAGAGGCCGGUCUCCUCGUCAGUCUCCGCUCAGGGGAAGUUCCACCAGCCGGAAGUGGUGACGCGCUCGAAUCGAAUACAAGAGAGUUGUAUAUAA